AUGACGAACCCGUCCCCCGCCGAUCCCCCUGCCGCUACCCCUACCGAUCCUGUCCCCGCCAUGCCAGCCUCCGACGCAGGAGGCCCUAGCCCCGAUCACACUCAGACAGACGGAGAAGCUGCCCCGCCGCCGCCGAUGACGCGUCCGAGCCGGGUGCGGGCGGUGUCCCCGCGCGCGCUGAGCGAGAUGAAGAACGGCCGCGAGCUCGUCUGGGCCGUCCUCUGCGCCCUCAUCGGUCACAAGGAGAUAUACGAGCAGGCCGACGGCGAGCUGCACGGGGACAUCAACCCGAACUCGAUCGUCCUCCUCGACCACCCGGGCGACGCGCGGCCGUGGGACCAGCCGGGGCGUACGGCGGGCGCGAUGAUUUAUUGGGAGGCCCCGAUUUCGAUUCAGACGGCGAGGAAGGUGGGGGAGGUGAGGGAUAGGCCGGUACCGCCCCCGCAGCAGAGGAGGGCGAUGCCGCCGUGGGCGUGCGGGUAUCGUUGGGAGCAUUGA